UGCUCUGUGUGUGCACACAGUCUAGCCUGACUCCUCCUCAUUACCCCACCCUCCCCCUCUCUUGUGCUCCCGCCUCUCUCCCUCUUCACCAGUAGGUACAUGUGCAGUGAGCGACAGCUAGAAAAGCAGUUCAGGGCACCAGCCAAAGGCGCACACACCCACCCGCAGAGAGCAAGACUGCAUUAUUCAACGGAUCCUCUUCUCUACACUCCUCUGGGCCAGUGACUCACCCCCUCUGCACCUCUUGCUGAGCCAUUAUUGCCAUGGAAACCCCGAGCCAGAAACGCACUAGUCGUGGUCCCACCACCUCCCUCUCGCCGGCCCGCAUCACCAGGCUGCAGGAGAAGGAGGACCUGUGCAACCUCAAUGACCGCCUGGCAGUAUACAUCGACAAGGUGCGUUCACUGGAGGCGGAGAACGCCGGACUGCGGCUUCGCAUCACUGAGUCUGAGUCCUCGGUCAGCCGUGAUCUGUCGGGCAUGAAGGCAGCCUAUGAGACGGAGCUGGCCGACGCCCGCAAGACCCUGGACCAGGUGGCCAAGGAGCGAGCACGCCUGCAGCUGGAGCUGGGCAAGAUCAGGGAGGAGCACAAGGAACUCAAAGCCAGGAACAAUAAGAAGGAGUCUGACCUUGAGGCAGCUCUGGCCAGACUGAGGGACCUUGAGGCCCUGCUGAACUCUAAAGAUGCUUCCCUCAGCACUGCCUUGGGAGAGAAGCGGGCCCUGGAGGCUGAGGUGAAGGACCUCAAGGCCCAGCUGGCCAAGUUGGACGGCAACUUAGCUGAUGCCAAGAGGCAGCUGCAGGAUGAGAUGUUGAGGAGAGUGGACGCUGAGAACCGACUGCAGACCCUGAAGGAGGAGCUGGAGUUCCAGAAGAACAUCUACAACGAGGAGCUACGUGAGUCCAAGCGUCGGUAUGAAUCUCGGAUGGUCGAGAUUGACAGCGGACGCCAGCAGGAGUUUGAGAGCAAGCUGGCCGAGGCCCUCUCCGAACUGAGAGCCCAGCACGAGGCUCAGGUCCUCCUCUACAAGGAGGAGCUGGAGAAGACCUACCACUCUAAGCUGGAGAACGCCCGUCAGUCAGCUGACAGGAACAGCCACUUGGUGGGAGCUGCCCAUGAAGAGCUUCAGCAGACCCGUGUUCGACUAGAGGGCAUGUCAGGCCAGCUCAGCCAGCUGCAGAAACAGCUGACAGCAAGUGAGGCCAAGGUGCGGGAGCUGGAGGAGGCUCUGGCGCGGGAACGGGACCUGAUGAGGCGGCGGCUGGAGGAUAAAGAGCGGGAGAUGGCCGAGAUCCGAGCACGAAUGCAGCAGCAGCUGGACGACUACCAGGAGCUGCUGGACAUCAAACUGGCCCUGGACAUGGAGAUUAACGCUUACAGGAAGCUGCUGGAGGGAGAGGAGGAGAGGCUGCGUCUGUCACCCAGCCCUCCACCCACCAAGGUCACAGUCACACGGACCUCAGGCUCAGGCCACGGCCACACCAGCCGCCUUCUCCACUCCUCAACCACCGCCUCUAGCAGCCGCAACUCCUCCGGCACGGCCAGCACCAAGAAGCGCCGCCUCAAUGACAACGACAGCGAGACCUCCAGCAUGGUGGGGGGCACUGUGACCAAGACUCGCAUUAGUCAACAUGCCUCAGCCAGCGGCCGCAUCACUGUAGAAGAGGUAGACCUGGAGGGCAAAUACAUCCGUCUCAGCAACAAGGCCGAUGAGGAUCAACCACUGGGCAACUGGCAGGUAAAGAGACAAGUUGGGAACUCCAGCCCCAUCGUCUACAAGUUUCCGCCUAAGUUCACCCUGAAGGCUGGAGGAACUGUGACUAUCUGGGCUGCAUCUGGUGGUGGAACCCACAACCCUCCCACUGACCUUCUGUGGAAGACCCAGAACUCCUGGGGCACCGGUGACCUCCUGCAGACCAUCCUUAUCAGUGCCAAUGGAGAGGAAAUGGCCAUGAGGAAAGUGACUCGCACUCUAUUCCACGAUGAUGAAGAUGAUGACAUGGGAGCUCACAGCACGAGCGGUGCAGAUAACGAGUACAACCUGCGGAGCCGCACAGUGAUCUGCGACUCCUGCGGGCAGCCGUCGGAGCGCGGCUCAGGUGUUUGCAGCAGCGGGGGUCUACCUGAAGGCCUCGUGGGACAUUCCUUCUUCAUGGGCACCAAUGAGCCCAGACAGGGUCGCGUGAAGCCGGAGAACUGCUCCAUCAUGUAACAGCACCUUACCUGAACCCACCACCUCCUGUAGCCCACAUAGGAGAAUCAUUUUCUACCAUUGAGACAUUUGUCUUUAUUUUUUUAUAUGGUCUUAUUUUGUAUUCAGAUUAAUCUGCAGGUUAGAUUUGCUUAAAGGUUUUGGCAAAGGGCACAGGAUUUUCAUAUUCAGCUUUUGAGUUUGUGUAUUCAAGUUACAUUAUUGCAUGUGUUCCGUGCUAAUGCUUGUACUGUAUUCUGCUCUGCUUGCACACUCACAGUUAUACACACACAGAGCUCCAUUGACCAGUGCUUGUGCUUCGAUCCAAGCUGGGGUUUCACAUUUAAUGGCCAGGCUGUCAACACUCAACACGCACAGCUAGUGAACCCUGUCAGGAAUACAGCCAUACAGACAACAGGAAAAUGAGUCCUGUGGGGUUUGGUAAUCAUGUUUAUCUCCCAUCAAACAGAGAAAAUCUUUAUUUAAAGAUGCUGGUUAUGUUUACAAUAGAAAUUUAUUUGCCUUGUUUUUUGAAACCAUAUUGUGCUAUCUUUAUAUUAUACAGAGAAAAUAAACUAACAAAGCUUUUUCUUGAAAAUUGUCCAAAAAAAGCCAAAGUACUGUUAACUCAGGGUGUACAGCAGGAUGUGGUUGUUUUUAUCCACCUUAGCCUUAAACAAACAUGUUGUAGUACAUUUUCCAUGUGGAUUUAGAUCUCAUGGUUGGGCAGCUGUGGUGCACACAGAGAAAAUAAUUGUUGAAUAUUUUGAAUUGAAUAUAAAAGAUGAAUAUAUUUUUUUUCUUCAACUCACAGCUUGGCCCCAGAGAAAUGUAUUUGGUUAUACUUUUGAAAGUGUGGAAUGGAAUUACUGUUUGCUGGAUAAGUUGAAUGUACCUGCUUAAAUGAGGUUCAAGAGUGUCUCGGCUAGAUGUACAUUUAAAUGUGUUGCCUUAUCUUUAAGUAAGUUCAGAGGUGUUUUGUCAUGAUGACAGAAAAGUGUAGAGUUUGCUGUCUACCUGGGGAAAUUUCAGGAGUAGGAACUACACUUCUUUACUGACAAAUUUGGUGCCAUAUAUACAGUAUAUAUUUAUGAGAAUUCUUAGCCUAUUAAACCAAAUCAGAUCAAUGCUGCUUUUUAGAGCGUGCAACAGUAGUUUUUGGAAACAUUUUAACAAGCUUUGGUUUUUUUCACAGAUUAAAAAUACAAAUGUGCCUUCAGAGAACAGGAAAAAAAGGCGUCAACAAUCACUGUUCUUUGCUCACAUGCCUCGUAAUGCAGUCUUGUGACUGUCAGCUGUCCUCUGAUUUGUGUGGCUCCUAAAACUGGUCAUAAGGGCGUUUUUUUUUUUUUUUCUUUUCCUUUUCCUCUAAGCUUACUGGCUUUGUAAAUCCCCAGGCAUGAUUUUGGGAUCUUAGUAAGACUGUGGGUCUGUAGACUUUGUGACUUUGGCUUUACUGCUUUUAUUGAGGGCCUUGCCAAUUAUGCACAGCAGGUAGAUUUAUACUGUAGUCUGGCAGCUUAAGUCAUUUAUACUCCAGAGAAAAGCAUAUCAAAGCGUUUAUGGAAAAUACUUGAUUGCUGUUUUUGGUAUUUUUUGUUUUACUUGCUCGAUGGUAUCUCUGCCGUAUUAGAUUUUUUUUUUUUUUUUGCUUUAAUUAGAUGUCUUAUUUUGACAGUAUGAUCCCCAAAGUGCCUUAAAAGGUCCAUGACAAUCGUUAGAGAGCUGAUGUUGAUGUUAAGUAUUUGGCCUCUUUGACACAGAUUUACAGUUGACACAGACAUAGUAUUUAUCUCAUAUGUACAUGUAAAUGUACAUGUUACGAGACAUGAUUAGUGGAUGUAUUUGUGUACUGUGUGCACAACUAUUAAUUCAGUGAUCCCUUCAGUGUUCUUCAGAGGCCUGUUUGACAGAAAAACAUUAAUAACUCUUUAACAUUUAUAUGCAAUGUUAGUUCACGUUCAUGACAAUCCAGGACACUUAGAAACGCAGAUUCAAACCACAGAUGUGUUGUAUGUGACUAAAACACUUUGAAGGACUUGAGGAUUUAAAAUGUUACCAAAAGGGAUUUGUUGUUGCAAGUCUUUAAUGCCAAAGUUGUGAUUAGCUUGAAGUGGGAUUUGUGUCAUAUCUAUCACAAUGAUGCUAUUAACAUUAUGGACAUUACAUUCAGUUGAUGUAAUGAAUGUCUUUUUUUUUCUAACAAAUAAUGCUGAGUAAAACCCUUUUUUUUUCAGUG